UGAAAAUUGAGUUUGCUCAAGGGACAAUGUGGAUGUUAUACAUGUUGAAGAAAGUUGAGUUUUGAAGUUCUUCACUUGAAAAUGAUUAAAUGAAAUUGAGAGGAAUAAAUCUAGAAGAAGGAAAAUUGCUGAGGACAUAUUGCUCUUUUCCCAGAACUUCAGGGUGACGAUUGCUCACUGGUUGACCUUCAUUUCUCAAAGCCUUACAGUAUUGAAUUGCUAUGUUUACAUCUCUUUUGUAAGUUUUGAUUUGGUUUUCCUGUUGUUAGUUGAAACUCUAAAUUGAAAUUGCUUUUAUAUCAUGCAGUUCUGGAGCAUAAGAUAAUAUGUAGUUUUCACUAAGUUUACAUGUUAUAAUGAUUGAUAGUUAAAUAAGGUUUCUGUUUUGACACUAUUUCCCUUUCCUUUUCUUCCAUUUUUCAAGUCUUAUUGUUUAUGUUAUAAUGAUUGAUAGUUAAAUAACAGGCUGGGCAUGUGUUUUCUAAAGUUUCUCACUUUUUUUAUUCACCAACAAGCAGAAAACCUUUCUUUUUUAAGUUAAAUUCAUUAUGGAAGAUAUGGAUUUUAUUAAGCUCUUGGCAUUGUGGUCGAAGAAUAAUAAAUUUGGCUCCAGUUCCUUUUUAAUAAUAGAACUAAUACAUGAUCAAACUUGAAAGGCAAAUGAUUAUGAUCUAUGAAUGCUAUCCAGACUCUUUUGUCUUUUCUUAGUUUUUGAUUCGAUUAUGAGGUGAUUGUAGCUAUUUCACUAAGUUAUUUCACUGUGAUUUAGUUUUAAUGAGUUGAAUCAAACUUGAAAGUAAACAGACUUUCCUUUGUGUUUUCCCCCUUUUUUUUUACCUUUGUCUAUCAAUUGAUAAAGACCAUUUUUUAGGUUUAUAUCUGGAAGUGUGAUUUUUCCUUCAUUAUUUUUUUUAAUAUCAGUUUCAUUUCAUUUUUUUUUAAAAGUUUUUGAAGAAGGUUUUAUCAGUUGAAAACAUUUCCAAUAAUCUUUCGUUGAUGGUGAUGGCAUAGAAGAAGUUGAGUUCAAAUAGUUUUUGUGAUAAAUGGUAAGAUAAGCUUCGUGGAUGGUUGUUGUUGGUCUUCCUGUCUAAAUUGUUCACUAAAGAACUAUGUUAGUU